UAAGCGACGACAAAGGGAUCACACAGUGAACAGAAGGCUUUGGUGUCUCAGCAUGACUGUAAAGUGGAUGUCUGUUCUGCUGCUUCUGCAAAUGGGUUGUUACUUAAGAUCCGGGAACUGUGGGAAGGUAUUGGUAUGGCCAAUGGAAUACAGCCACUGGAUGAAUCUAAAGAUAAUACUGGAAGAACUUGUACAGAGGGGACAUGAAGUGACAGUUCUGAGACCUUCAGCUUCUAUCUUCCUUGAUCCCCAGAAGUCUCCUGGUCUGAAAUUUGAGAGUGUUCCUACGUCUAUCAGUAAAGAUGAUCUGGAAAAGGUUUACACAAAGCUUGUGGGUACAUGGACUAAUGAGGUACCAAGAGAUUUGUGUUUAUCCUUCUCUCCUUUGCUACAAAGCCUGUUUGAGGAAUAUUCUAAUAGCUAUCUAAGGCUUUGCAAAGACACAGUUUCAAACAAACAACUUAUGACAAAACUACAGAGAUCCAAGUUUGAUGUCCUUUUCUCAGAUCCCUUUGCUCCCUGUGGGGAGCUGAUAGCUGAGCUUCUCCAGAUCCCUUUUCUCUACAGUCUUCGCUUCAUUCCUGGCUAUACAAUGGAAAAGUAUAGUGGAAGAUUUCAAGUCCCUCCCUCUUACGUACCUAUAAUUUUGUCAGGACUGGGUGGUCAAAUGACAUUCAUGGAGAGGGUAAAAAAUAUGAUGUGUAUGCUGUAUUUUGAUUUUUGGUUCCAGACAUUUAACGAGAAGAAAUGGAGUCAGUUUUACAGUGAAACAUUGGGAAGACCCACUACCUUAACUGAGACAACAGGCAAAGCAGAAAUGUGGCUCAUUAGAACCUACUGGGAUUUGGAGUUUCCUCGUCCAACCUUACCAAACGUUGACUAUGUUGGAGGUCUCCACUGCAAACCUGCAAAACCUUUGCCAAAGGAAAUGGAAGACUUUGUCCAGUCCUCUGGAGAGCAUGGUGUCGUGGUGUUUUCUCUGGGGUCAAUGGUCAGCAACAUGUCAGAAGACAAAGCCAAUGCAAUCGCAUGGGCCCUUGCCCAGAUUCCACAAAAGGUUCUUUGGAGAUUUGAGGGCAAAACACCAGACACCUUAGGACCCAAUACCAGAGUUUACAAAUGGCUCCCCCAGAAUGACCUUCUAGGUCAUCCAAAAACCAAAGCCUUUGUAACUCAUGGUGGAGCCAAUGGAAUCUACGAGGCGAUUCAUUUUGGAAUCCCUAUGAUUGGCAUUCCUUUGUUUGGAGAGCAGCAUGAUAACAUUGCCUACAUAGUAGCCAAAGGAGCAGCCAUUUCGUUAGAUUUCAGAACAAUGAAAAGGGCAGAUUUGCUCAAUGCACUGGAGGCCAUCAUAUAUAAUCCUUUCUAUAAAAUGAAUGCUAUGUGGUUGUCAACCAUUCAUCAUGACCAGCCCAUGAAACCCCUGGACAGAGCCAUCUUCUGGAUUGAGUUUGUCAUGCGCCACAAAGGGGCCAAGCACCUGAGGCCACUGGCACACAACCUCACCUGGUACCAGUACCACUCUCUGGAUGUGAUUGGGUUCCUGCUGGCCUGUGUGGCAGCCAUGGCUUUCCUUUCCAUAAAAUCCUUCUUAUUCAUUUAUCAAAAGUUUGUAACAAUGGGAAAGAAAAUGAAGAAUGAGUAGAGAAGGCACAUGAACUACAUUUCAGCAUCAUUCUAGUUUAUGAACGGCCUACUGAACAUUCACUGAUUACUCUAUCAAGGCAUAUCCUCAUUAGAGGGAAGGAAAAAAUAAUGAAAUUAUAUUAUAAUCUCACAAAAUAAAAGACAUAAUAAAAAAGCUGAGGAAAUGAUAAAGAACACCCGUGUAAGCAUAUUUCCUCUAUAGUAUUUUCUUCAGUCUUGUCUACUGAGGCCUGCUUUGAACACCUCGCCUACAUUUCCUCAGCAAUGGACAGGAAGCUAUGAGAUGAAAUAAACCCUGUUCUUUAUCAAACAAAAACAAACAAAAAUGAAAAUUUAAAAAUCAAGGAGAGGCCUCGGCAUGAUACAGGGCAUGCAGUAUUAUGAUAAACAAAUAUGUGUGGAGAGGUGAGACAGAAAGAGAAGUGGGAGCAGUUUGUUCUCUGUGAAGACAGGUAGGACUGUAGAUGUUAAGACAACAAGGAAUGGCAUGAUGAGAGAGGCCUGUACUGCUAUCAGAGGCCAUGGUGUUGUCUAAACCUGUGCUGCUGUAGAGGGACAUGACUCUUCUGUAGCAGGGGUCUGUGUCAACGUCCAUGCAAUGUGGACCUCCUUGGUCUGGGCUUCCAUUUGAGGUCAGGAUGUUGUCUGAGUACGGUGCUUAGCUGAUCCAGCCCCUCACCAGUCACCACACAGUAGCACCAGCAGUGAAAAUAGUGCAGAAAAGAUGGUCCUGUCCCUUGGCUGGCCAGUGCAUGAGAGCUGGUCCAGAUGGUGUGUUCAUGGGAGAACUAAACCCACCAAUUGCUGGCCACAGGACUAGGGUGAGCUAGCCCUGCAACUUGCCUGAGCAGCUAGGAAGAGCUGGCCCUAAACGGAGGUGUAGAUGAAUGUGGCCUCAUUAUUGUGGGAGAGCUGAUCCUUACCCCUCAUCUUGUCAGUGUCAGAUAGUUGACCCUGGUGACCUGGGUGAGGAACAGCUACCCCUGAUUGUGUGGAUACAGAAAAGCCAGCCUCACCCUUCACUUGGGCAUCAUGGAGAGCUAGCCCUGGUGACCAACUCAGCUACCACUCAGGCCCGGUUCCAAUAUUUUGAGCUGGCCCAACUAACACAUACCACAUCUCAGAGCUGUUGGAGUUCACGGGGCAGGUCAUGCAGAACCAAAGUUACAGGAUCUCCAUGACACAGGGCAGCAACAGGAUAGCCCAGAGGAGUCUCAGGGAGGAUCCAUCAUCGGUAGUGUAGCAGAGCCCAGAGGCCUUGAACCAGUCCAAUGACUCAUUGUAGUGAACUUUCACAAGUAAAGCUGUUUAAAGAGUACACCGUGUGACACACUGUGAGACACUGCACAUUCUACCAUGAUCCUUUUUUGAAAUUUUAAUUUUCUAUUGUCUUUUUGGGAGGAAAGUUACAAGGGUGGAGGGCAGAUCUGAAAGACCUGAGAAAUGAGUGUGGCUAUGGUAUAUGAUAUGAAAUUCAAAGAAUCAAUAAAAAAUUGAUGGAAAAAUUUAAAUAAGGAAAUAACCCUUAUUCUUUUAUGAAAAAAUAGUGUGAAAAAAUUAAUCAAGUAUGGAUCUCAUCCUCAAAGCUCUUUUUAUUUUCAUACGAGUUGUGAUACAGCUGGGUAGUGUAUAAUUACAUGUGUAUGAGGAAAUUAGUUCAACAAUGAAUUCAAAAAACAAUAACUGAUAAAAUUCAUACUUGUUAUCAUAAUAUCCUACUGAUGACUGCCUCAGAACAGGAAAGACAAGGUUAAGAAGACUUGAAGAAAAGAAUGAUAUUGUGUUGUAAACUAUGGGAAAAGAUGUUAAUGUAGUCUUUUUCUUUUGUUUUAUUUUUAACUUUAUUUGGAUGUUUUGUUAGCUUUUAUUAUUAUUUUUCAUUUAUUUUCCACACAUACCUCAGUUUUUUUCCCUCCGUUCACCUCCUUAAGACCCUCCAUCUGUGCCUCCUCUAUUAAAAGGGGCAGGUCCCCCAUGGAAGUCGCAUAGCAAGGCAGAUCAAGUUGAAAUAGGAUCCUCUCCUCCAUCAAAGCUGGGCAAGGUAUCCCAACAUAGGAAAUAGAUUCCAAGGAGCCAGCUCAUGCAUCAGGGAUAGGUUCUGUUUCCACUACUAGGGACCCCACAAACAGACCAAGCUUUACAACUGUCACCCACAGAGGGCCUAGGUUUGUAACAAGCAGGAUCCGUACCUGUUGGUCCAGUGUCAUGAGCUCCCACUAGCUCAGAUCUGCUGUUCUGUCAUUUUCCCGUCAUGAUCUUGAUCGUGCUGUUUCCUAUGAAAAUGUUGAAUGAGACAAAGAAAGUUCUAAUUCAGAAAUACA